AUGAACGCACUACAGGAGUACAAGGACAGUGUGCAGGAGAGACUGAACAGCGCUGACCUGCUGGUUUCCAAAGCGGUCCAUGAGAACAGUAUUUUGACUGAACGGUUGGAGACGCAAGAACGCGAGUUGGAGGCUCUCAGGAAGCGUGUAGCUGAGUUGGAGGUAGACUGUCAAGGUGCUAAGGACGACAGGAACAGCAGCGUGGAGGAUCUGCAAGUCAUCAAGGAUUUUUUCUCGCAUCUGUGCGAUGUGCGCGUACAUAGCCGCCCUACGGAGGACGAGCAAGGUAUGUGGUUCAACGUCUCUCAGAAAUCGCAUCGCUCCCCUGCGGUCGCUCUCGAUUACAAACUUGGGUUUGUCAGGGGCGCAGAGAGCGGGUCUACGGAGAUCAUAUACCUGCCGCUGUUGAAACAGUUGACGUCACAGGAACUUUCGCAUUUGCAAAAGGUGCUCCCGGAAUACAUGUUCGACACGCUCUCUUUCCCCCUUGACGCAUUGAAUCAAUUCUACACGAAGAUGUCAAAAUGUUUAAAUAAAGAACGACAGUGA